AUGGCUGCCCUGAUCGCAGAGAACUUCCGCUUCCUGUCGCUCUUCUUCAAGAGCAAGGAUGUGAUGAUUUUCAACGGGCUGGUGGCGCUGGGCACAGUGGGCAGCCAGGAGCUGUUCUCGGUCGUGGCCUUCCACUGCCCCUGCUCGCCGGCCCGCAACUACCUGUAUGGGCUGACAGCCAUCGGUGUGCCCGCCCUGGCGCUCUUCCUCAUCGGCAUCAUCCUCAACAACCACACCUGGAACCUAGUCGCCGAGUGCCAGUACCGGAGGGCCAAGAACUGCUCGGCUGCCCCCAACUUCCUCCUUCUAAGCUCCAUCCUGGGCCGUGCGGCUGUGGCCCCCGUUACCUGGUCUGUCAUCUCCCUGCUGCGCGGUGAGGCUUACGUCUGCGCUCUCAGUGAGUUCGUGGACCCCUCCUCACUCACAGCCGAAGAAGGAGGCUUCCCACCAGCCCACGCCACUGAAAUCCUGGCCAGGUUCCCCUGCGGCGAGGGCCCUGCAAACCUGUCAGGCUUCCGGGAGGAGGUCAGCCGCAGGCUUAAGUAUGAGUCCCAGCUCUUUGGGUGGCUGCUCAUUGGCGUGGUGGCAGUGCUGGUGUUCCUGACCAAGUGCCUCAAGCAUUACUGCUCGCCACUCAGCUACCGCCAGGAGGCCUACUGGGCGCAGUACCGCGCCAACGAGGACCAGCUGUUCCAGCGCACGGCGGAGGUGCACUCGCGCGUGCUCGCUGCCAACAACGUACGACGCUUCUUCGGCUUCGUGGCGCUCAACAAGGAUGACGAGGAGCUGGUUGCCAACUUCCCAGUGGAAGGGACACAGCCACGACCACAGUGGAACGCCAUCACCGGCGUCUAUCUGUACCGGGAGAACCAGGGCCUCCCGCUCUACAGCCGCCUGCACAAGUGGGCCCAGGGGCUGGCGGGCAACGGCGCGGCCCCUGACAAUGUGGAGAUGGCCCUGCUGGCCUCCUAGCGGUCCACUCCCCGGGAGCUUUGCACUGCUUGGUCCAAAACCACACCCCACUGCCUGCUCACACCAGCAUCCGAAGGGGAUUUUUUUCCCCCUAAACUGGCUUCUCGGGCAAACAGGCCAGGGGAGAGGGACACAAGGCAAUCCAGGGUGCAGAGAGAUCCAGUAGACAAUGUCGUCAGCUCUGACCUGAAGAAAUUCCACCUCCUGUUCCCGCCAGCCAACCUGGUCAACAGCUUGGGGAAAAGACUUUCCCAGAACUGGUCUCUCAUUCACUAUGACGUGGACGAUCUUUUACCGUUGGGACUCCAAGCUGGGAAGCCCCAGCUGGCAGGUCCAGGUCACAGUGAAAGUCACCAGCAGGCUCCUUGCACAGUACAUUGUGCAGUUAACUUGUGUCUAAUUGCACAGGGACACCCAGCUCAGCAGUGCGCCACUGGGAAGCUGCCCUUCGGUGGAUGCCUCUGGCCUUGUUUUGUACACUUGAAUUUUUGAUAAAGCUUUUCUUACUAUAAGGGACCAGCUUGGUGUCUGCAUGAUUGAAUGGGCCAUGCGACAGCAGGCUGGUGGGCACGGGGCCAGGCCCAAACCCCACAUCCUGUGGGAGGGGAGGGGACGGGACUAAAAUGCCACAGAGGUGGCAGCAGUACAGAGAACUCCAGGUGUCACACACAGGACAAGGCCCUGGGCUGAUCUCUUUGCAUUUGGAUUUGAUUGUCUGAUUUGGUCUGGGGAACAGAUGAGGCCUGGCCUUUCUCAGAGGGAAGCUCAGAGGAAGUUUGAAAUUUCUAGCCUCAGAAGAUCCUGCACUCACAGAGCUAGCUAGUGUAACCCAGUGCUACUACCCAGGCCAGCCCCAGCUCCUCCUUCCUCCCACCCCUGCCCCACUACUACCUCCACCAUCUCCAAAACGUUCCUGGCAUAUGACUCAGUCAUUUCCCAUGGAAAAGCUCUCGGGACAUUUAGGGCUCUGCCAGAGAAAACUUUUAAUUCCCUCAGAGCUAAGCCAAAAAAGAACUGGCUUCAACAAAGAGCUGGGCCUGUGCUACCCUCCAAGAACUCUGGAAUAUACCAGAUGGAGAGAGUUUAGGUGGCCUGGGCUGAGACAUCAUCAGCGGUUUAAGCUAUGCCUGUGGCUGUCCUCUGCAGCCUAGGUUUCCCAACUUUCCCUUCUGGGCUGUGUCCUGCUGUCCCGGCCUCACAGCCUCCACUGCAGGGUGAAAGCACUCGCCGAGCUGAGGCUGAGGGAGGCCCAGAGACUCUGAGAUCGUAGGUGGGGACCCACUCCCUGAACCCUACCAGCCCCCUCUGGCUGGACCGAUAGCCUGCCAGGGACAAAAUGGCCCUGAUCACGAGAUCCUUGGGAGUCAGCCCAUCCGCUCUUGUUUCCCAGGGGACUCCCCUGAAGGAGGGACACUCGGCUUUUAU